AUGGCGAAUCACCAUACUCCAAGCAAGCAUCGUCGCUUGAACGCAGCAGCAGCUCUGUCCAAGCCCUUCAAGUCUCCACUGCGAAGGCUCGAUCCCCCCACCGAUGCCAGUGGACCAUCUCACAAAGUAACAGAGGCAGCCCACACAUCACCUGAAACGAAUCUCCGAUCCGAGGAGUCAGCGCCAGUUCCUGACCUGCAAUCGCGCAAAAGGUCCCCGGAAAUUGCAGCACGGCCAAUGAGAGUAGCGAAACGCUCUGCAUUUGCUAGUCCACUGCAGUCACCUUGCGCAGAUCCCGAACUUUUGCGACUGCAGAAGGAAGAACGUACUAUGCUGGCCCGCGUUGCGGCUCUCAAGGAGGAACUCAAUCUUGUGAAAGAAGCAAUCCGUAUCGAGUCAUCUAACAGAGACCAUGAGCUCGAGGCCUUGAUCUUGAAAUGGCGCAACGCCAGUCAAGAGGCAGCUAACGAAGUAUUUGAACACGCUCAAGAGCGUAUCGCCCGGAUGGGUGGGCUGCAAGCUUGGAGAGAGCGCAGUCAACAGGAUGCCGUGCGCUGGAACAACGACAUCGAUGAAACACAAGCGCAUGGAAACGAUGACGAUAAUCAGACUUAUGAUCUGGAAGAAGGGUUGGUUCAUGGCAAAGAUAGUCCCCAGAACACUUCGCAAGAUUUGUCCAGUGAAGUAAUAUUGUACCCCAACUCUUUUCGAUCAAAAAUCGAGUUGGAUCUAAUACCUCAGUCACAGGAUUUUACCAUGGGUUUCAUGCUCAGAACAAUGAAGAUCGACGAACGUCUGAUUGGCUUCGACUCGGUGUCAGACAAAUGGUCGCAGCCAUCGGACGAGACUGGCAGCAACAGGUGA